UGAUAGAAAUCUUAUUCUGUGUUGGUAAUUAUUUUCCAAAAAACUAUUAUCAUUUUGUCCAUGUUUUCAUUAAUUUCGAUUUAUUUCGAUAAACAAUUAAAUCGAUCAGCAUCGUAACGUCAAAAUUUUUAACUCUAUCUUCUUAACCUAUAUAAUCGUUUUUAAGUUAUGUACUCACUUUAAUUUAGUUAUCAAUAAAUUUUUAGAAUUUUCAAAUCGUUCAGAUAAUAGAAAGCGAUGCAUCGUAUAAUACGAUAAAACGUAUUAUCUCAGCUUUAUUCCAAUUAACAUUUUGCUACCCAUUAAAAAAAAAGAAAAUUUAAGUGAUCGUCGAUACUACGAAAAUUUUGGUUAGAACGAUAUAUAGUUAAAACUGUUAAGUCAUAAACUAUAGAAAUAUAAGAUAUAUUUGUAACAUUAAAGUAUCGUAUCGCAAUCGUUUUAUUUUGGAUACACGUAGCGCCAUCUGAGCAAUCUAACCUUCUUAAUUACGCUAUAAUUGAUUCGUAACACGUAAUAGCUUUUCUUCGAUGCUAUAUUACACAUUAAAUUAUUUUCAAUAGUUGUUGACAGAGGACAUAGUCAGAGUUAAUAAGAUUAAGGAGAUGUCGAUAGACAAAGAAAAUAAUUGAUCAUGUUCGAUAAGGUAAAGAAGAUACUGAAGUGUUCGUACUUUUGAUUGUAAAAUAUGUCGAACAAUAAUGCAAAAUGUACAACACCCGUUAUAUACGUUCAACAAGAUAUAAAAUUCGAAAAUGUAGUGACAAAUAAUGUGUGUAAAAUAGGUCCAUUAAAAGCUUUGCUUUCUCAAUUUCGAUUGAGAACACCAAUAUUUUAUUUGAACACCUGAGUACGAUCAUGUCAAAUAGGUAUGAGAUGGGAAAGAGGACCAAUAGCACGAUUUCGUAUAAUAUGUGAAUUGGAAGACAAUAUCGAACCAGUAUUUCAAAAAAUAGUAAUUAAAAUUAAUUCGUUUGUGAUAAGCGAUACUUUCACACUAAAAACAGAAAGACCGGAAUAUUUCGAAUGGGCUACAUGUAGCUUACCCAAAGAUAUCAAGGAUUCCGAUAACUUCGAAAUUCAUUUUACCAUCGAACAUAAUAUUCCUAUAAUCAAAAGGAAUACGAUGAAUAGUUCCAUCAAGAUUGCUCCUAGAAAAUUCGAGCUUUACGAACGUUUGAAAACGAUGUACUACGACAAGCCAUGUACCGAUGUUAAAAUAAGUGUCGGUGAUAAAGAGUUCUUAGCACAUAAGUCGAUACUCUCUAGAAGUCCUGUAUUCGCAGCUAUGUUCUCUUACGAAAUGUUAGAAAACAGAAGGAAUAUUGUCGAAAUUAAGGAAGUGAAUCCUAAUGUCUUUGAAAUUUUAUUGAAAUUUCUUUACCUCGGAGAAGUCGACGAAAUCAAGAUUACAGAAUCUACGAACGACUUGCUUAUAGAAUUAAUGAAAGUGGCAGAUAUUUAUCAGAUGGAAGAUUUAAAAACUAAACUGGUCGACAUAGCAAUGACAACUAUAAACAUUUCCAAUGCUGUAAAUUAUCUCAUUCUAGCCGACCAAUAUAAUAUAAUGGAUUUGAAGAAGUCAAGUAUGUUAUUUAUACGAAAGAAUCAUGCGAAAAUUAAAGAUACCAAGUCGUUUGAAAAUGUAAUACAAAAGUAUCCAGCAUUAAAGGCAGAAAUGUUUUGUUAUCUUUUAAAGGAAUAAUCCAAUACGUUCAUGUAUAGUCUAAUACGUUUCUGUUAUUUAUUUCUUUAAACUUUAAUUUAUUGCUUUUAUAUUCAAUAAUUUAAAUGAGAUGAUAUACUAGAAACUUAUACGAUGAUUUAUAAGACCAUCAUCGUAAAGCCUGUUACCAACAUAAAAGUUCAAAUAUAUACAUCACUUUCUAUCUAUGAACAAAAGAUAAUUAAAAAAAAAAAAGAGAAAGAAAGAAAGAAAGAAAACAAAAAGAAUGAAAUUUCGCAAUUGUGUGGAAUAUUUUUCAAUCGUUCACAAUCAGAAAGUUGUUAUCACGAAAGAGAGUAUUUGUAGAGAUUGCUGACUAUGCAUAAACACACAUACAUAUAUAUACAUAUAUAUGACUUGCAUAUAAAAGUUUGAACAGAAUAUUUUCUGAUAUAUAAAUAUAUUGUGAAUUUCUUUUGAAUAUUUAUCAUUAUACGAAAUGGUUUUUUCUUUUUUUUUUAUUAUUUUUUAUAAAUCAGUAUCCAAUGCAUAAAACUUUUUUCUUUCUUUAAUUGCACUUCUCGUGUUCUUUCAAAUGACUGACUAACAUUGGCUUCAUUGACAUUGCAUUUAACCUAUGGGAUCUUAUAAUUGACCGAAUAAAAACGAUUGAUUCCACUAAGAAAUAUAUAUAUAUAUAUUUUAUGUCUUUACGUUUUUAUUAAAUAUUAUUAGCCCAAAGAAAUACAAAUGCAAUAUGCAGAGGUGCAAUCAACGUCAUGAUAUCUAUAAUACUAUAAAUUUUCAAACUUUCCAUUGACCUUGACAGAGACA